AGUACUGGCACUAUACAGUUUUUUGCCGAUUAUGAAAAAUCUGCUGGAAACUAUAUUUGUGAUGUAGAUGGUAACGCUUUACUUGAUGUUUACACUCAAAUAUCUUCAGUGCCCCUUGGUUAUAAUCAUCCAAAACUUCUCAACAUUUUUAAGGAUGAAAAUAAUUUGAAAACUAUGAUCAAUAGACCGGCACUUGGAGUGUUUCCUGGAAAAGAAUGGCCCGAAAAACUGAAUGCGAUUUUAAUGAACAUUGCACCAAAAGGAUUAAACAAAAUAACGACAAUGAUGUGUGGAUCAUGUUCAAAUGAAAAUGCCUUUAAGAGUAUUUUUAUUUGGUAUCAAAAUAAAACUCGAGGAGACGCCGGAUUUACUACAGAGGAGAUCGAUUCAUGCAUGAUAAAUAUGUCACCUGGGGCCCCGAAACUUAGCAUUCUUUCAUUUAAAGGAGCCUUUCAUGGUCGCACCCUAGGUGCAUUGUCCACCACACAUUCGAAAUAUAUUCAUAAAAUUGAUAUACCAUCUUUUGAUUGGCCAAUUGCAUCAUUUCCGCAAUACAAGUAUCCAUUAGAUGAGAAUGUAGCGGAAAAUAGAAAAGAAGAUGAAAAGUGCCUAAGUGAAGUGCAAAGUUUAAUUGAGGAUUACAAAAAAAAAGACAAGCCUGUGGCUGGCAUUAUUGUUGAGCCAAUACAAAGCGAGGGAGGCGACAACGAAGCUUCGCCUGAAUUUUUCCAAGCCCUACAAAAGAUUUGUAAAACAAACGGCGUUGCACUUUUGAUUGAUGAGGUUCAAACUGGAGGUGGCAGCACAGGAAAAUUUUGGUGUCAUGAGCACUUUGACCUUGAAUAUCCACCUGAUGUCGUUACCUUUAGCAAGAAACUGCAGCUUGGAGGAUAUUUCCAUAACAGUGACUUCGCCCCUAAAGAGCCCUACAGAAUUUUCAACACUUGGAUGGGUGAUCCCAGUAAAAUAUUGCUCCUAGAAGAAAUAAUAAAGGUUAUUAAAGAUGAAAAACUAAUGUCAAAUGUUGAAGCUGCUGGUAAAGUUCUCAAACAGGGUUUAUUAACCUUAGAAAAGGAAUUUCCACAACUUUUAAAUUCUACUCGAGGACGUGGAACAUUUUUAGCAAUUAAUUGUUCUAAUAGCAAAGUAAGGGAUUCUAUUGUGAGUACACUAAGGUUAAACGGCGUACAUACAGGUGGAUGUGGAGAAAUAUCUAUUCGCUUCCGCCCUGCUUUAAUAUUUAAAGAAGCUCAUGCCAACAUUGUUUUAGAUCGAUUCAGAAAAGUUUUGCGAUCAAUGUAAAUAUUUAUAUAUUAUAAAAAACAAAUGUGCUCUGAAAAAUAAAUUAUCGAUAUUUUAAAU